GAAUCCCUGACGAGUGACCGGGUUGCAGCAGCAGAGAAGAACACCGUGUCAGUUCCAGAAGUGAGUGCUUCCGCCAGUGCUGGUACAGAUGCGGUGCCACCUGUCACGGAUGAUGCCGAUGACGGCGAGCAAGCUGAGGAAGAGGCAAUGGAAGUUGAUGAAGUCGAUGAAAGAGACAUCGACUGA